AUGACCAAGACUUCUCGUGGUAGCGGCAAGGCCAAAGAGGCCACCAAGGUGUCCAAGAAAUCCAAGCACGUGAAAGAAGACAAAGUCAAAGGGAACAAGAAGAAAGACAAAGAGGCAGAGGAUGAAACUCAACCCGAAGCCGAGAAAAGAACAACUUCAACCACCAAGUCCACCAAAGACACUCCUGCGAGAGUCUCUCUGGGCCGAAACAAAAAGUCUCCAAAACUUUCUCAAGACGACAGCCUUGACUUUGUUGAAGAGGAAGAACCAGGAAAGGACUCGGCAAUCAAGACCAAAGCUGCUGCUCGCAAGAAAGCCGACAAUCCAAACGAUAAACAAGCCGCAAAAAGCAACGGCAAGGAAAUGUCUUCGGAUGAGGAAGAAGCUUCCAAAACUGAUGAAACUUCUGAAAAAUCGAGAGAGGAUGACGAUGUGGCAGCAUGCUGCAUGUGUCACUGCGCUUUGGACUACAGCGACCGUGCGGCUUUCUUUGAAGCCGACCGACUCAAGGAGGUAGAAGAACACGAAAACAACAAUGCCUCGGAUGAAAGCAACAAACCACUCUACUUUCAGCCAACCGACCCAUACGUCCCAAAAUCGCUUUUCGACCCUGCCAAUGCUUUGGUCUAUUGCGAAGGCGGCUGCAAUAGACUCUUCCAUCAAAAGUGCCACUUUGUACCUGUCAUGGUACUGCCUCGAGGGAAGUGGAUCUGUCUGGUGUGCUCCACGACUUCCAAGCUGAUCAAGAACAGAAACAAAAAGAAAAAAGAAAAAGCCAAUACCGCUCCCUUUACCAAAAGGCAGUUGAGACGAAUGUUUCAGACUCCAUUUCCACCGGCAAAGUUGCAACUGAUCAUGUCCACGGACGAAAAGGUGUUUCACACCAAGGCCGAAAAGCAAUGGGAAAUUGCCACUGGCCAUGAAAAGGCAUUGUUGUGGAACCGGACUCUCACACAGAUCAUCCCCAACUGGAUUCAAUCGCAAAUGAGCAACUUCUCGCAGGCCCAGACUGCUCUAGAAACGCUCACACGGACAAAGCAAAAUCGACAACACUUUCUGGAAAACAAAGCCAGCAAACGAGGCAGUCAAGAGUUGGCGCAGACUUUGGUCAAGCUGGCGGGGGCAAAGUGGAAAAUGCGACAGAUGAUGAUGAAUUUGAAAGAGAUUCAGGUCAAUCCGGAACGACACAUUCAGUUGAUGCAUCAGUGGUGUCAACCACCAAUCAGUCCGAUGAACGGCAACAACAAUAAUGGCACGACUACUAAUAUCAUCGUGAAGAGUGAUGGCAAUGCCCUACCAACAGCCACAACCGAAACGGAAGGGACGGCGUCAACCACAGCAACAACCACAGCAACUGACGCAGUAGCAGCCACAGACGCGAAACCUCAAGCAACGGAGGUGAAACCUGAAGGAGCGGAAGCAGAAGCAGCAGCCAAAGACGAAGUAAAACCUGAAGCAGCAACAGAAGCUGAAGCUCAAGAACUGGAGGCGAAACCUGAAGCAACCGAAGUAGCGGCAGGUACAGAACCAAAACCUGAAGCAACAAAUAAAGAUACAUCUGGAGCUGCCAAAUCAUCUUGCGAAAUACCAAAUACUAUCACAGCGCCAAAUUCGUCUACUGCAGAAGCAACUAUCGCGCGGCCUCCCCCCAAGAGUUUUGUGGAUCGUGUACUCUUUCCCUUUGGAAUGCACACGCCACGUUCGAUUCCACGCACACCGGAAAUGCUCGAGACCAAUGACGGCGAAGCGAGCAGCGACAAGGCAGCAUCGGACGGUGGCGGAAUUCCAAGCGAAAUCAAGGUAACCUCGCUCUCUUCGGAUGACAAAGAAUGCAAUGACGGUGCAAAACGUACAAAUGGCAAAUCCGGUUCAGCCAAGAAAAAGCAGGCUGCAACCACUAAGACCGCGAAAGCGAAGGCGGACGAUGAAAGUGAUAGUAGUGGGGUGUCGCUUGACGACUUGAAAUGCUGCAUAUGCUUGAUCGGCGAUGCAUCGGAUGAGAACGAUCUACUGAUGUGUGAUAUGCAGGGAUGUUUCCGUGCGUUCCACAUGGGAUGCCUCGAGCCACGAGUGACUCUGGACGAAGUCGAAAGCAAGAAGGACGAAGAUUGGUUCUGUCCGCUUUGCUCCAACAUUGCAAACUGCAUGCACAAAAUGCAGAGCUACUACAUGGGAGAGGAAUGGGAGCAGCGUCGUCGGGAACGCGCCUGUGCGGAAGCUAAGAAAGCAAAAGCGAAGAAUAAGGCUUCUCCAAAAGGGAAGAAAAAAGACGACAACCCGGAAAACCUUGUCAAACCUGCGGACAAUGAGGAUUCCAGUGACGAAGAUUCGUUGAAAUCUUGGGAUCAACCAGACGAUGUGUUCCCGGAAUCCAAGUGGGACUAUGAAACUGCUUUGCAGCUGAAGGCUGGAGAGCGAAACGAUGACACCGAUGCUCUGUUGCAGCAAGUCCUGGGAACAGGAGGAGGACAUGAAGAAGGGGGCGAAACUAAGUUGAUAGAUUACAUGUCAGACGGAACUGAUGAUGUGGAAUUGGAUGCUCAUUUUGACUUGGAAGCCUUCCACGAAGAAAGACAAAAGGAAUACGAAGAAAUGGAGGAGGAGGAGGAGGACAGCGAUGACGACAGCUCCCACUCGAGCAAAGCCACACUUGUAGACAUGUCAAGUGUGGAGCUGAAGAUCGGCAAGGAUGAGCUCAACGCCUUGGACGGUUCUGAUUCCUCUGAGUCCGAAGAAGAUAGUGAGAAAGGGGACGACGAUGAUGACGAGGCGUCUGGAGGGCGCCGCCGUCGAAGUCGCCGUCUUCGUAGCCGUAAAACCCCGGAGGAUGUCCCCAAGAAUGUCGGGGUUGAGUUUGACAUGGGCAACAUCGUUCAAGGAAAGCGCCGCCGUAAGCCCGUGGACUACCGCAAACUGAACGACACCUUGUUCGGUGACUUGAAUGAGAAGGAAAUCGCCAACAUUGACGAUAAGGAGGACUUCCAGGUCCCUAUGAAGAAAGUGACGCCCUCGAGCUCAUCUGGAGACGACGACAGCGACAGUGACAACGACAGUGAUGGCGAGGAUGACGCCAAUGACAGCAACGGCGAGAAUCAAGAGUCGGACGAAGAACAGCAGGACGACAAAUCGUCGGAAAAGAAGUCCAAUGACCAAAACGCUCGAAAGAAACGUAAGCGGGCGGCUUUGAAGGAGGACAGCGACGUUGAUUCGGGAAAUGAAGCCGAGAACGAUGACUCUUCCACUGAUUCUAAAACCGGCAAGAAGAAAAGAACUGCCAAGAAGGCCAAGAAAUCAACCAAGAAGAAGAGAAAGUCACCGCCCGCAACAAGCACAAAGGCGAACGGAUCAAAGAGUCCAAACGGACGCACCGGUAAAACUGUGAAAGCUAAGACAACAACAAAGACAAAGCGCUCGACAAAGGCUAACAUUGCUAAGGAAGCAGUUGAGGGCAAAGCAACAAAGAAGGGCGCGAAGAAGGCUGCCAAGGUCCCACAGAAAAAGAAAGGGGGGAAGGGGUCGAAGAAAACAAAGAACGAGUAG